GAGGGGGACUUUCCUGUUUCCGCCUGUCAGCCGUGGAGAUCAGAGACGCCUACCUGCCAUCGUCGUUGUGUUUAUAGUAGCUGGUUCUUUACUGAAUUGAAUUUUGUGCUAAUAUCCCGUGAAACGCGUGCAAAGCCACGCCGAACAGCCGCUUAUUACAUGGUUUAAGCAGAAGUUAAUCCAGAAGCUAUAUAGUUACAAAACGUCAAAAUGGCUUGGCGUUUUAAAGCAUCUAAAUAUAAAAAUGCAGCUCCAAUUGUUCCUAAACCAGAGGCCUGCAUUAGAGACAUCUCAGUUGGCUCCUAUCAAACUUAUGGCAAUAACAUUGCAGCAUCUGCUGCAUUUAUGGCAUUUAAUGUAGACCAUAAUGGAUCUAAUCUGGCUGUGUUACCACUAGAAGAUUGUGGUAGAAAAAGUAAAACUAUGCCUUUACUCCAUGCUCAUGCAGAUACAGUAACAGAUAUGGACUUCUCUCCAUUUCAUGAUGGUUUAUUAGCCACUGGUUCACAAGAUUGUCUUGUCAAGUUAUGGCAUAUUCCAGAAGCUGGCUUAGAAGAACCUCUAUGUAAUCCUGAAUGUAUAUUUUCCCAUCGUCAAAGAAGAGUAGAAGUGGUGUGUUGGCACCCUUCAGCUGAACAUCUUCUAACAACAGUAUCAUAUACAAACUUAUCUUUAUGGGAUGUGAUUUCACAACAAGAACUAUUUUCUAACAAUGAACAUACAGAUGUCAUUCAGUCUUUAAGUUGGAAACAAGAUGGUGUGCUUCUAGCUACAUCUUGCAAAGACAAACAAGUGAGAAUUAUAGAUCCUCGUACUUCUACUUGCAUUGUCAAUUCUUGUUCCAGUCAUCAAAGUAUCAAGGAUUCUAGAUGCGUUUGGCUAAAUAAUAGUGAUAGAAUACUCACUACUGGGUUUGAUGCAGCAAGAUUAAGGCAGGUUUAUAUAAGAGAUCUGAGGCAUCUAAAUGAACCAGUAAAAAUGUUAGAACUGGAUUGUAGCACAGGAAUUCUAAUGCCCCUGUUCGAUCCUGAUACAAACAUGCUUUUCUUGGCUGGAAAAGGAGAUACUACUAUUAUGUACAUGGAAGUUAUGGAUAAGGAUCCAUUCCUAGUUGAAGGUAUUCGUCAUAGUGGAGAACAAACAAAAGGAGUAUGUUUGGUACCAAAACGAGCAUUAAACGUGAUGCAAGCUGAAGUUAAUAGAUUACUGCAACUUACCUCCAAUAUGGUGAUACCUAUUAUGUAUCAAGUUCCACGAAAAACAUACAGAGAUUUUCAUGCAGAUAUAUACCCAGAUACAGUAGGAUAUGUUGCACAAAAUAAUGCAGCAGCCUGGAUCAAAGGACAUAAUAUACCUGUUCCCAAAAUAUCCUUAGAUCCUGCUAAAAGAAAUAAAGGAGAGGAACCCAUUACUGUACAUAAGGGAAACUUAGCAACGCUCAAAGAAAAUGAACGAGAAAUAAAAGUGGAGCAGAAGCAAUUGACGAAGCCUGUGACCGUCACUACGCCGAAAGCUUACAGGAAGACACAAGAAACGAUCGAGAAAGAGCUAAUGCUUGAAAACGACAUUGAAAAGUUAGAAGAUACGAAGAAAAUCGAAGUUGAGGAUGACAAAAAUAAGGUGCAGAACGGAGGGCAAGUGAUUCCACCAAAGCCUCUCCCAAGGUCGUCGAGAACUAAUAGCAUUUCUGAGGAUGAACCGAAGCCAGUCGCACGUCCUCGUACAUCGCCGAGCGUGGGUUCAGUAGUUACGUCCGUGAACCCUAAUGCGAUUGGGGGAUACAAGCCCCGACUUGGACCAAAACCGUUUCAAGCAAAGUCUGGCAGUCAAGAGUUUUCUUUUGACAAGAUCUUUUCAGUGCCUGUUGCACCAAAUAGCGAUACCAAUGGCUAUCAGAAUGAUUUGAACAAUCAGAUAGAGAACAAUAUAGAACCAGAGAAAUCGCCAUCUUUUAAUAACGAAAGAAACAUGAAAGAAGCAGAAAAUGGAAAGAGCGAUUCUAGUUCCUUGGAAGAAGAUGCAAACUCAAGUGAUUCUGGCUAUAAACCGAAAACACCAAGCACUGCGGAAAGGCGCAAAGUGUUCGAAAUAAAAGUUAAGGAUGAAUCACCUGAAAACGAGGAUCUUGGAAAUUUUGAACGGGGCAACGCGAAUAGAAACUCUAUUGCCGAAAGAAGGAGGCUUUAUGAAAGUCGUUCUGUAUCUGUAACAGAUGGAAACUUAGCUGAGAAAGCGAUGGGAUCGCCAACAAUGUUGAGACGCAGGGAUUCAUUCAAAACCAAAAAUGAAGUAAUUAAAGAAGACGAAGUUAAAAAAGUUAUCUCAAUGCUGCGUCAGCAGAGCAUGGAUCCCCGUUUAGAAAAAGUGGAUAAUUCUGUGACGCCAACGCCUAAGAGAACAUCAACUGUAUUUGGUAGAGUAUCGAAAUUCCGACAUUUAAAGGGUACACCUGGUCACAAAUCUACGCAUAUUGAAAAUAUAAGGAAUAUCAGUCGUCAGAUAUCUGGAGAAUGCGAUGGUUUUCACGCCAAUCCUGAUCGUGUUGCGGUGCCACUCAGUGGACCAGGUGGUAAAAUUGCAGUUCUUGAAUUAAAGAAAACCGGAAGAUUACCAGACGGUGUAAUGCCAGCGUUAGUACAUGGUGCAACUGUAAUGGAUUUCCAAUGGAAUCCAUUCGAUAAUCAGCGAUUAGCUGUCGCAUGUGACGAUGGAAUGAUUCGAUUAUGGGAAAUACCAGAGUCCGGAUUAGCAGAGCCAACAAACGAACCGAAACACAUCAUAAAAGCUCAUACCGAUAAAAUAUAUUUAAUCAAAUUUCAUCCAUUGGCAUCAGAUGUUCUGGCGUCAGCAUCUUACGAUAUGACUGUGAAGAUUUGGGAUUUAACACUUUUAUCGUCGUGCGAAACGGCUGUUGCGAAAAUAACUCUGAUGGGACACACAGAUCAGAUUUUCAGUUUAGCGUGGUCACCAUGUGGUCAAUAUCUUGCAAGUACGUGCAAAGAUGGAAAAUUACGAAUUUAUAAACCAAGAUCUAGCGAUGUGCCAGUCAAAACUGGGAAAGGACCUGUUGGUACCAGAGGUGCACGAGUUGUGUGGGCAUUGAAAGGACAAUUUCUCGUUGUAUUGGGUUUUGACAAAGUUUCAGAAAGACAAAUAUAUGUAUUUAAAACAGACAAUCUUAAUACCUCGUUGACUACAGUCGGAUUAGAUGUUUCGCCUGCAAUUCUAAUGCCAUACUACGACGAAGACAGUUCGACACUUUUCUUAACGGGACGCGGUGACUCUACAAUAUACGCUUUUGAAGUAACGGAAGAACCACCAUACUGCUGUCCACUUAGCCAUCAUCGAUGCAGCAGUUUGCAUCAGGGUUUAUCGUUUCUUCCUAAGAAUAAAUGCGACGUUGCUAGCGUAGAAUUUGCAUCGGCUUUAAGACUAACAAACAAUACGAUAGAACCUUUGAGUUUUACUGUUCCACGUAUAAAGAGUGAACUUUUCCAAGACGAUUUGUUUCCACCAACGAAAGUUACGUGGAAGCCAACUAUGACUGCCACUGAAUGGUUUAAUGGAGCUAACAAACAAGCUUAUAGAAUAAGUCUAAAACCACCUGGCAUGGAUAAUUUAACAGAAAAUCAAGGUCAAGGAGUAGUUACUGCGCCAGUUGCGGCAAAACAACAACCAACGACUCCAUUCUCUGUAUCUGCUCAAUCUUUCAACAGACUGGGAUGGAAUCCUGACGUGAAAGCUAAACAAGAAGAAAUCCAGAAAACUAUGAGCAACUUUGUGGGUGAUGUAAUACAGUGCUCCUUAGAACAAGAUCACAUGGAAGGUGUAGAGGAGCACGAAUGGGAUGAGUGAAGAUUGCGCGACGUUGAUAGGUCAUUCAAAUAAAACGGUAAGAUAAAAUAAAUCUAAAUGUAGCUGUUCGGAACAUAAUUUAUUUGUAAGUUAAAAAUCACAACAUAAAUGGAAGUAUUUCAACAUUAACAUCGUGCAUAUUGAGAGAUAUUUAUGACUGAACAAACGAUACUUCCAACAAAAAUUUUAUUCGGAAAGGCUACUAAUACGUGCUAUUUUCUUCAAUUGUGGUAAUAUUUUAACAUUAUAGGUAUAAUUACCUAGAUUAUUGUGCAAAUUUAAUUUAGAAGAAACUAAGGACUGAACAUUAAAAUAUUUUCACUUCGUGUUAAAAUUCUCUAUUCUAUAUAGUUCAGUAAAGAAGUCCUUGUAAAAAAAAAAUAUGCAAUUGCAGUCCUUGUUAUAAAUUUCUAUUAAUUGUCACUUGAUUCAUUUGAUAUUAAGGAUAACUACAUAGAAUAAUUAUCAGUAAGAGCAGUACUAGAGAUUUAGAUUUACGAAUAUUCACCAGAAUUUAUCAAAAUUUGACAAUAGUUUCGAUUACGUGUUUGUGACUUCGAGAUCACUGGUACUAUUCCAAAAUAUGUUUCUAGCUCUGAGUGAAAACGAAUCUACUGAAUAAUUUUGUUCUAUUAUCUAUAAGAUUUGAGAAUGCUUUAAUAUGUCACUUAUAAAUUAAAGAUAUAGAAGAGUUUUUAGCGUGCUAAUUAGAAAUGGGCAUUGCUCGACUAAAUAUCAUUUUAAACAGAAAACCAAACUUGGUUAAAAUAUUCUUUGAAAUAAUGUGUAACGCUUUUUUAAAUAAUUUAUAAAUUAUUAUUGCUCAAUAAGCAAUGCUCAUUUCUAUUGCUAAAUACUCUAGUGUAUAAUGAUCCAUAAAAUAAUUCUUGAAAUUGAUAUAUGAUUUAUAUAAUAUAGACCUAUUAGUGCCGUAUGUUUCUUUAUUUAACAUUAUCAAUGAUAGUCUCAGUGUAUACAUUACUGUAAUGUAAUUAUCAUACGUGUGAUACUAGCGAAUGAUACCAUUUUCAUGAAUCAAGAAUAGAAAUUUUUACAAUGCAUUCUAAUAGACACACGCACAUAUUACGUGAGAUAAAUAAUAGAAAGUUACACAUACUAAGUUACAAAUCGACAAUUAUGUUAUACGGCGAAGUAUAUACACACGGUAACUGAUUGUAUGUUCAGUGUUUUCCUGAAUCUUAAGCAAUAAUUCAAUGGCCAUGUCGAACGUAAUAAAUAAACCACUUUUUAUACUCUUUCAAUUGCGCCAAAGUAUUUGUAAACACAAAAGGCUCGAAAAUCCACCAAAAUGUAUCAUAACUCGAAAUCGUUCUUUCAAUUCAUUGUGUAUCUAUGAUUAGAAUAUUGAAGCGUGAAUUCCAUAUUUAUUGAUAGUCAGAAAGUGAAAAUCUCUUUAGAUUACAAAUAGCGUAAAAAUGCCUAUUUUGUCUAUACGAUAUACACUGAAUUUGUACUUUCUAAUAGUCUAAUAUAAAAAUUAAGAACGAUAGAAUGAUUUAUCAUUCCUGUAAAGUGCAUUCGUUUACAAUUUUAUACGAACAUAUUCUAUUCCAUUUAGAUAGAGUUUUUUAAUACAAAUAACCAUAGUUUCUCUUGUAACUAAGAACGUAAUGGUGUUCCUAUUUGUGUGAUUGAAAAACAAUUUUGUAUAAACAAGGAACCCUCUAGUUUAGUAUAUCGAUUUUUAAAUAUGCCUACAAUCGAACAUGGAAUUUACGCUUCUAUGCGAGAACCACGCACAUUUUAUACUUUUAUAUUUCAAUGUCAGUAAGUUAAUAGAAAACGUGUAAAAGAAAUUGAAGUGAUGGUGCUACACCGUUUCGACAAACUCUAGCUUGUAAUCGCCAGAAAUACGAUAAUGAAAGUAUGACAAAUCAUACUAUUUGUUUUCCGAUGAGAAAUACGAUUACUGCUCAGUUUGCUCAAUAACAUUCCAAUCUAUUUUAUCAUAAAAAAAGAGGCACAGAAUCAUCAACUACAAAAAAUUAAAAAGGUGCCAAAAGUUUCAUGCAACAAAUGAAAAAAGAGAAAGUUUAUGAAUUAAGUUAAAUUAAAACACGAUGAAUUGAACGUUAUAAAGCAUUUAAGAAAGUUGCAUAUAUUUUUCUCUAGAUUUCUCACGCAUCUUUUUGUACCAUUUCUAUCAAAGAUAGGAACUUUUAUAAACAUCAAGAGUAAAAAGAAAAAAAUGUAGAACAAA